CCAGACACACAGAAGGGUAACAGAAAUUCUGGUUCCUCAUCCUCUCUCUCUCUCUCUCUCUCUCUCUCAAAGAGAACUAUGGUCUGUAGUUCUCUCUCCCUACUAUAUUCCCCAUGUUCUUCAUUUCCUUCCAAUUCCACCAACGAUUCACAUUCUACUUCUUCUUCUCUAUCCAAGCUCCGAUCUUUCAAACGUAACCCUAGGGUUCUGAAACUAGCCUCCUCGAAUUGUUCAUCUUCUUCUCAAUUUUGGAGAAUCGAAGUUCGCUCGAAGCUAUCGGUAGACGAGGAUGGCUCAGCCGAGCAGUUUCUGCGGAGCAAUUCGAUUACGGACUUCAUGAGGUUCAAGAGAGGGAAUUCCGAUGCGGAGCUUCAGACAGCCGCUGUUAGCUAUAAGAAGAAGUUCCCUUGGUCUCUUCUCCGACCAUUUCUUCAGGUUGAUUUGGUUUCUACAAUACACAUUGCGGACAAAGAAUAUUUUGCAACCCUCCAGAAGGAACUUGAAACUUAUGACUGUGUCCUUUAUGAGAUGGUGGCUAGCAGGGAGAGUUUAGAAGGCAGACAAUACCGUGGUGCCACAAAAAAGUUAAAAGCUUCCCGCUCACGGGGGUUUAAUAUUCUUGGAUGCAUUCAGCGCCAGAUGGCUAAACUUCUUACGCUUGAUUUUCAAUUAGACUGUCUUGACUACCAGGCUGAGAAUUGGUACCAUGCAGAUCUGGAUUAUGAAACCUUCAAACUACUUCAGCAUGAAAAAGGUGAAAGCUUCUUUACCUUUGCAAGAGAUAUGACUCUUAGAUCAACAAAAGCCAUGGUGCAGCCUACUUCAAUUCCAGAAGAGCUUGGUCCUUGGAGAUCCAAGCUUCUUUGGGCUUCUCGUGUGCUACCUAUGCCUCUUGUUGGCCUUGUCAUUAUUGGAAGUGUUUGUGCUGAUGUGGGAAGUCCAAGAUCUGAAUAUCCAGAAUUAGAAGCCUUGUCCAGGCUGGAUUUUGGGGCUGCUAUGAAGGUCUUCCUGGCAAAGAGACUAACAUCUGAGUUUACUCAGGUGACAGCUGACGUAGAGGAGAAAUCUGUCAUCAUUGGCGAGCGGAACAGAGCCGCAACUGAGGCACUUCGAAGAGCAAUCGAUGAAGGUCACAAUAAGAUUGCUAUACUUUACGGAGGUGGACACAUGCCAGACUUGGGGAGGCGAUUACGAGAUGAAUUUGAUCUAAUCCCUUCUGGGGUGCAGUGGAUAACAGCUUGGUCCAUACAGAACCAGAAUCUAACGACCAGCUCGCUUCCAUUUCUGAAGACAAUGGCAGAAGUUUUGGGAUGGCCGUUGAAUCGGUACCAGACUUUGGCAUUGCUUCUCUUCUCCUCCGUGCUAGCGUUGGACCUCUUGUUUUGGGAGCUUUUUUUUGGCACUACCGUUGAUUGGAUUGCCCAUGUUGCUUCAGACAUUAUAUUUUGAUAAUGCACAGGUGAUGUGAUUUAAGUCUCUCUUGGGUCUCAUUUGUCGUCCAAUCCAACCAUUUAAAAAAUUCAAAAAGCCUAUUAUUUUAUUUUACAAACCUAUCUACAAUUUCAAAUCAUGUGUGUCUAUAAAAGCCUACCAUCUUAUCAUUUUAGCCUAAAAAUCUAGUACUAUGAGGAUUUUUUUAGAAUAAAAAAAUGGUCAAGUCCCACAAAAAAUGGUUAAGUCUUUAUGUUUUCCCAACAACCUACUGGCUCACAGCCAAAGGGUAGGUUGUCGCGUCAGCACAUCAUUUCGUGAGUCCAAAUUCACGGUCAAAAUUGGUAAUUUACCUAUUUUUUAAUUUUAUAAAUUAUUUCAUUUCACGUUUAUUUUAUAAAAAGUUAAAAAAUUAUUUUCAAAUAUAAUAGUUUUUUUAUCUCAUAUUUUAGUUAAAAAAUUAAAAGGUUAUUAAAAUAUUCUGUUUCCAAAAGAGACCUUAAUAGGUACAAUUUCUUCAGUUUGACAAAGAUGGAGGCAAAAGCUGUGAAUGUCCUUGUAAAUAUUUUGAACUUCUUUCCUUGGAUUGAAAUAUAGUAAGAAUGUUUGAGCCAUUUCUUGUGGUAGAUUGUUCGGAUAUGAUACAUACUGAUCAAGAAUGCUUGUCUUUUGCUCCUAAAAUUUGAUCUGUAAUAUGCGUGUAAUAUUACAUGCGAAACCAUGAUUGUUACCUCGGCUGAUAUAGCAAUUUAACCAAGCGUUAUUUACACCGA